AUGGUGACUGCAGUGCCACUAGACAGGGAGCACGACGCCAUGGUGGAGGUGGCGGUGGUGGCGGUCGAUGGAGGAGGUGUGAUGGUGACUGCAGUGCCACUAGACAGGGAGCACCACGCCAUGGUGGAGGUGGCGGUGGUGGCGGUCGAUGGAGGAGGCAGGUCUGACAUUGCCACUGUCAGGGUCGCUAUCUCAGAUGUCAACGAUAACGCUCCGGAAUUCUACUUUCCCGAAUACCACGUUUGCAUUCCCACAAACCUGUCCAUUGACUCGGUGUUUCUCAAGGUAAAAGCACGGGACAAAGACACUGGAACUGCAGGAGUGGUGGAGUAUUCAAUAUAUAAUCUGCAAUCCAAAAGAGUAAAACAUCUGUUCGGCAUCAAUCCUCAGACUGGAUCUAUCGUUUUGUUGCAGUCAGUCUCUCAGCAUGAGCGUCAACAUUUCCAGUUCUUCGUUCGCGCGGCUGACGGUGGCGCUCCACCCUUGUUCUCAGACGUUGCAGUCAAUGUGUAUGUGAUGCGACCAGAGGACACGCCCCCCACCUUCCACCGACGCGACCAGAGAGUCUUUGUCCCGGAGCAUGCGCCACCUGGUACAGUUGUAGCCCAAGUGAAGCUUGUGACGCCUAUGACUGUGGAGUACAAGCUCCUGUCUAAUUCUACGCAGUUCUCUAUCGACAGCAAGGGUCUUAUCACGUUGACCUCUGCCCUGGACCGUGAGCUGUCACCUUCCCACACUCUGGGAGUUCUUGCGCUGAAGUCUCCUUUGUCGGGAUUCACCGAGGUGUACGUCAUCGUUGUUGACAUCAACGACAACCCUCCUCACUUUCACAGCUCCACGUAUAACAUCCGUGUCGCCGAGAACGUUGACGAAGGCACUUCGAUCGUGAGAGUGUCAGCUAGUGAUGAUGACGAAGGUGGUGCGGGCGAAGUUCGCUACUCCAUCGCCUCACCUGUGCUGACAGUAGACCCGUACUCUGGCUGGGUGUCCGUUGUAUCUGCUCUAGACCGAGAGGUGGAGCCUAUACACUCCGCUGUACUCACUGCCACUGACAACGGCGACCCCGCGCUCUCCUCCACCGCUGUCCUGCUCCUAGACAUCGUAGACUACAACGACAGUCCGCCGACCUUCUCUGAGAGACUAUACAGUGUGUCGGUGAACGAGAGUCUACCAGUCGGCGCCUCAGUACUGCAGGUCGUAGCCUCGGACCCAGACGGCGCAGGUCUAGACUACUACAUCACCUCGGGAGACCCUCACUACAGGUUCAGCCUCAGGUCCACUGGUCAGCUGUCUCUCGCCCAGCCUCUAGACCGGGAGCUUGUAGACUCCUAUACUCUCAACAUCUCCGUGUCAGACUCUAAAUACGUCGUCCACACCACGGUCAUCAUCCACGUGCUUGACGUCAACGACAACCAGCCUCGUUGCUUGCAGCCCAUGCUGAAGACAACAGUGUCUGAGGAUGCUGCUCCAGGGACCACAGUGCUGACAGUGCCUGCAGAGGACGCCGAUCUGAAUCCUCAGUUGAGAUAUCAUCUGACAGGCACCAACGCUGCUCACUUCUACUUCAACCAGAUCACCGGUGAGCUAAAGACAGGAGUAAGCCUAGAUCGUGAGGCAGUCUCGGAGUACAGUCUGGUCGCUCAUGUGCUGGACCGUGACACUUCUGGCUGGGAGUGUACAAGUCACGUGACCAUCCACGUUGCUGACGUCAACGACAACGCCCCCGUGUUCUCCUCUAGCAAUUACACUGCUGCAGUACCAGUAGACUACCCUCCAGGGAGCUUCGUCACCAUCCUACGUGCCGUCGACUCUGACUUCGGUGGAUCUCAGGUCAACUACAGUGGUAGAGUAAUUACAACAAUACAUCUGGCAGCAUGA